AUGCACCAAGUCCACCUUUGCCAGUUGGAAACUGGCAUGAACAUGGUUGGCACGGCAACACGAUCAAGAUGCGAAAACGAGGGCCACGACAAUUGUUAUCCUUUUUUGGUAGCUGGCGCUGAUUUGUAUGUCAACGCUCUGCCGGCAGCGCAGAUUUCUCUCAAAAUUGGGCCACUCGUCGCUUCGCCGCUGCCUCGGCCGAGACGGCCUGGACUGUGGGACAGGCUUGUGCGUCUGUCUCCAGGGCCCAGAGAGGCGCUGGUUCCGCCCUCGAGUCGGCGACUCACUCCGGCCGACGGGCCGAGCAUCGCCGAGUCGUCAGGUCAGCUGGCUUGCAGGCGUCGUCGUCGAUCGAUCUGCUUUCGCCGCACCUCGUCCGUCUCUGUUCGCCUCGUCUCGCAUCGCCAGUUGUUUGUGUGUGCCCCCACAUCUGUCCAUCCAGCGGUGCCUCUUUGUCGGUUUGUCGGUUUGUCAGUCUGUCUCUACGACCGUCUGUGCAUGUGUACGUCUGUUUUUCUGCAUAAAUGUCUGCUUGUCUGUCUAAUUGACUAA